UCCCAAAACAACUAAACAAGCAGACGUGAAGCAGAGGAAGUCUUAUUUGUUCAAUUCUGACGUCCGUUCGAUCAAAUCGAAAAAUGAAGACGUUAAUGGUAUUACUACUUAUUCAUCUGGUUUCUGUUACAUUGGCUGCUGUUGUUCCAGCAGCAGUCGAUGCUCAAGUCACCGACGCUGUAGUAGCAGACAAGAAAGAUGAUGUCAUAAUAACGUUAACCGAAAGGGUCGAAUCCGCUGAAUCUAUCGAGUCACUCGGAAGCAACGAUCCGAAAUUAACCAGCGGUACUCCGGCGAUAAAAGGAAAUCAAGAAAACGAGUCGGCUGAAUCCACCGAGUCCAUCGUGUCCGCUGAAUCAACAGAGUCACCUGUAUUAGACAACGAUGUCCUGAAAACCUCCAGCACAUUCCAUCGUCGUUACCAUUAUCCAGCAAGAUAUCCUCAAUACUAUCGCCGACCAGUUGCUUUCGGCGGAUAUUACAACAGAUAUCCUCAGAGGCACAGCGUCAAUCGCUAUUCAUAUUACAAUCGGCAGCCAGUCUAUUACACCCGACCAACUUAUUCGUCGCCGUCUCACUCUUAUUAUAAUUCUGGCUCGUCCAGUUCUAGUUAUUCCCCUUCGAAUGGCGGGUACUCAGGUGGGCACGGGGAUGGCGGGCACGGGCAUUCGGGGCACGGGCACUCGGACGGGGAUGGCGGACACUCGGGUGGUGGACACUCGGGUGGCGACGAGGGGUACUCUGAUUACUAAUUAACUUAACUUUUUUCAAGUUGCUGGCGACAUGCAGCGGGGCUGUCGGAUGUCGACGGAAGCGAGGAGCCAACGUUGACGGAAACGUUGUGUAGGCGGCUGGUAAUUCACAUUAUACCUGCUGGAUGACUUAUUAUUGACGCCACGGGAGUGACAUGAGAUUAUAUAACCAUCACUUAAAUAUGCAGGAACAAUUUGAAUUGUUGCCAAUGUUUAUGAUUUUUUUGGCUGUUAUCUAUUUUUAUUCAAAUUUCAAAUACUUUAAAGCUAAAAAUUGUUACGUGAAGAAAAAAUAAAUGACACCGAAUCU